CGUUAAAAAAUGAUUACUGAUUAUUUAUUUCCUUAAAAUGCCGGAAAUUGUUUCCACUUCCAGAGUUUACAAUAUUAACACUUAAGCUGUGGUAAUACCGGAUUAUUGUGGCAGAUACUCUUAAAGUCUUAAUGAUGUGUAACCAUUCUAUGGUGAUUCCUCGGAGACUCAUGUAAAUAACAAAUACUUAAUUUUCUUUGUUUAUGUUUAUUUGGUUUAUUGAUCUAGCGGAAAAGCGCUCGGUUUCCUCGCUUUUGUUCCCCUGUACUGCUCACAAUUGUCAGAUCGAAAUCAUCAAAUCAUUUUAUCAUAAUUAUACAGUACAAUAACUGUAAUUGUUUUGAUGUUGUUCUUUGGGUGAAAUGAUUGGAUUUGGCGAUCUUAUCUUUAGGGUGACUGUUAACUUGUCAUUCAUUUGUUUUGUUGCUUUAUUUACCUGAACAGUGUCAGGUGGACUUCGUCAGUCUUCGUUGGUGAUACUUUAAGGUCGACAUUCUCCGCGCAGUUUACAUAUUUUUGCGUGGCCGCAUCGCGAAAUCCAAGCAGUUAAGGUUUCACAUGAUGGCAUUACGUAAACGAGAACCUCCGGCAUUUGCGACAAUGUCGAAGCUUGGAGCCAUUUGCGACAAAUUACGACAAAAUGGCCACAAUCACAAUACAAGUGUUUUAUUGGAGGACGUUCACGACGACAUAGCCGAUAAUAUUAUAAAAGGCAGUAAGCGAAAUUCACCGGACAUUGAGCCCAUCCAGAAGGUGAAUAAAAGGAAGAAUUUUCGUCCGGUCAGCACGACUGGUCGCAAUGAGAAGACCGGCGAGGCAGUGCCGAACAGAACUGAAGAAAACACUGCCAUCGUGGAAAGCGAAGAGCACAGCAUUGUCUCGCCGGCUGGCAGUGUGGACGUUGAUGUGGAUGUCGACAUCAAGUCAGAAUGCGGAAGUCAUGACAAUGGAUCCCCCGUAUCAUCCCAGACCUCGGUGAUCGUGGCGAAUCCCGCGGGAAGCACGGCGAAUCACUCUCCCAUUCCCUCGCCGUCCAUUGAACCGUCGCAACUGCAGAACAUUGCCCUCGCACAGAGAAUGAUGUAUAACGGAUUGCUGGAGCGGGAAAUGGAAGAAAAGCGCCGAUUGCUGAGCACGUUAUACGGUGGUCAUCACGGCAUGUACCAUCCGCCGCAAUUUAUGCCCUUUGUGGACUACAGGAACAUGGGAUUGAUGUACAAUCCAUUGACCGCUCAAAACACAAGCAACGUCGACGAUAGUCUAAACUUGGAGGACGACGAGGACGAUGGAAGUCUGGCAGAUAGUGAAGAUGGAAGACUUGCAAAUGCCAGCCAACCCCAACCAAAUGGCGAACGGCUUAGUGGAAAUUCAUCAGCAAAUGAACGCCGGGAAACCGGCUUACUUGAUUCAGAUGGCUGGAAAUGGUCUGGCGUGAGAAACAGUAUAAGAUCACUGGAUAUUUGGCAAUAUGUCAAACACUACAGAAACGAUGAAAUCUGCCAAUCAGCAGAAUGCCGCACUCUUGGAUUAAAAGAGCAUUUUCACUGUUUGACUUGCCCUAACAAGGUCAUUUUCCGUAAAGAGGAAAUGAUCCGCCAUGUAAAAUGGCAUAAGAAACGUGAUGAAACACUGCAAUUGGGCUUUUUGCGCUUUAGCGGAAAUGAUGAUUGCUCCCAGCAGUUCAGUGUGUGCCCGCAUGCAGGCCGGCAGACCCACUAUCACUGCCUAAUGAAUGGAUGUCAGAAGGUGUACACUAGCACGUCGGAUGUGCAGAUGCAUGCAAAUCUCCAUCGGAAAGAAAUGGCAAUUAACAAGGAAGGCUUCCGCCGCUACCGUUCAAUGGAUGACUGCGGGGAAUCCAGUUGUCCGUUUCGUGAUCAGAAGAGCACUCAUUUCCACUGUAUUCGCUCAAGUUGUACAUUCACCUUUAAAAAUAAAGCCGAUAUCGAGAAACACAAAGCAUAUCACGCCAAAAAUGACGAACUGGCCAAAGACGGCUUCCGAAAAUACAUGAAAUAUGAACAUUGCAUGUUCGAUAGUUGCCCGUAUUCCAAAAUUAUGAAUCACAUUCACUGCAUCCGCCAAGGCUGCCGGUACGUGUUCACGUCGUCCGCUCAGCUGCAUGCCCAUAAACGUAAACAUGACAAGAAUGAUCUGACGAUAAUUCCCAAUACCACCGCUGCAACGCCAAAGUACACACACGACAAAACUUGUAAUUUAUCGAGUGACAGUGAGGAGGAUUCAAGUGAAUUCCAUCUGGCUGGCGGAAAUCAUAUUUUUUCGUCCGACGACGAUGACGAUGAUGAUGAAAUUUCCGGCUCUUAUAUAGAUCUCUCAAAAAAAUCACACGGCAAGUUAAGUAAUGAAAAGCCACCAUUUAAUACCGCACUUUUACGUGCGGCCGAAGCGGCCAAUAUGCAGAAUGUCGCCAGCUCCAAACAACGACAACCGCUGCACACGGAAAAUAAUGUUGAAUUCACGGCACCGCAGGCUAGAAAAAACUUAGCGGUUUCCCAUAUGGUCAGCGAUAUGUCGUCCCGCGGCGGAACAUCGGUUUCGCCGAUCAGCCGCACACCGUUCGGUGUCACGGAGUUCGUCACCAAUGGCACGCCAGCUGGUUCGCAGUUUUCCCGCUCGUUGUUUGGUUUACCGCAUCCGCAGCCGGCUAAUCCGUUGCAGGCGCUCAAUUCAUUAUCAGCACUGAGUUCCCUUGUGUCUCCAUCUCCGAUGCCUUAUCCUCCUUUCAAGCGGAAACGAGGUCGACCGCCCAAGAAUCCCGUUAUUGACGUGCAUGUAUAUCCGUCGGUACCCAGUGCCAAUCACAAUUUACAAGCCAUGUUCAGCAGCUUUAAAUUGGGUAAAGGUGGUAUUCUCAUGGAUGUUCGACAGGAAUCCGCUACCGUGCACCGGAAUCUAAAUGCACCAAGUCCAUCGCUGAAGUCGGAAGCGGAUAAACUCCGUGAACGAGCCAUCCAUCCCAAGCCGAUAUCUUCCCACGAACAUUUGCCUCACAAAUCCCCAAACUGUCCGUACCAGUCCUGUGUGUACCGCGGCAAAGAGCAUUAUCAUUGCGCUCAUCCGCGCUGCCAUUUCGCUUCGGAACGGGAUGACAUAUUGGCGCUCCAUAGUCGCGAAUUUCACGCCAAUAUCGAUAUUUUAGAAGGAUAUGAAUUUUUCGAUCAGUCGGUUGAUUGCGGGUUAUCGGAUUGCCCAUCCAAUGGAUUGACGAGGCAUUUCCAUUGUGUUAGGCCAAACUGCUUGUACUCAUUCGUCAGGUACGAUACAAUGGCCACCCACGAAGAAAAGCAUCGUUCGAUGCAAGCGGCACCCUCCCCACCAUCGCCACCGGCGUUCUCGAUGACCCAUCCCGUGUUUGCGCAGCUGAACCUGCAGCGCGAAUCCCGGUCGGAUAUGCACACAAUUAAAACGGAGGACUUUGGCGAAGGACGCUUUUUCUGUCAUCCCAUGUUAUCCAAGAUGCACUUCACAGCGGAUAAACCUUGUCCACAUCGGGUAUGCCGGCUGGCGCAACGCGAGCAUUUCCAUUGUGAGAACUGCGAGCAGCCGUACACUUCAUCACUACGGCUGCAGACGCAUUUACGCAAAUGCCAAAACGGUCAUGCUGCGUCUCCUCCGCCGUUGCCAUCAUCCGUAUCGCUGCCGAUUUUAUCGAAAUUCCCGGUAAAUUCGCCGUCGCCGCACCGUUCCUCCCCGUCAGAAAUGUCCGAUGGAUCGGAAACGAAUAUGAACGGGAAUGGUUAUGGCAGUAAGAAGAUCAAGUUUAUCCCGGUGGCCUUUUCGUCCAACGGGCGCGGGCUUAAUGGCGGCGCGGAUAUCCAGCCGGCGCCGGAUGGUGAGCACGCCGCUAGCGAGCUCUUCUUUGGGGAUAACAAGCUGGAAAGGGACGGCUUUGAUUUUUUAGGUUUUCACAGAUUUUUGUGCACUGAAACCUGUGAUUGGGAAGAGUGUCCGUUGAGCCGCAAACAGACACACUGGCACUGCCAGGAAGAGCAUUGUCGGCAGUUCUUCUCCGAUAAGACGAGAUUAUUGCGGCAUUCGGAGCGGCAUAGACGGCUGGCGGCCAUUGUUGGGGAUGAUUUUCGCCGUUAUUCGUCAAAGGUUUCCUGUGAUGAUGAUAAUUGCUCACUGAAACAUUCCAGCCACGUGCACUGUCUGCAGUGUGAUUUUACCUGCACGGAAACCGCCAAAAUCUCCACACAUCGUCGCAGCCAUUCGAAGCAGAAUGCUGUCUCCGCUGCCGGAUUCGAUAAGUUUUCCUUCCGGAAUCCCUGUCGUGUACCGUCCUGCCUGUAUUACACCCAAACCCAUUACCACUGCAAGACCUGCUCCGUGGUGGUCAACACCAUGUCCCAGAUGCAAGUGCAUCAGAUCAAGCACGAUCAGGGAUACGUUGAGGAUGUCACGGAUUACAGUAUGAAACCCAUGAUGCUUUCUAUGGACUGACCAGUCCUUUCGGUGCUUAAUGAUUUGUUUAAUUCUGCGAAACAGUCACGAUAUACCGUGUACUUAAUGAUAGUGAGAUUUCUUUUGUUUUACAAAUGCCUUAUUGCCACACUACUUAGGGUAGUCGAUGAUAACUCUGGUUUGCCUUUGCAUUUUUUAUUGCGUGAUUGCAUUUGUUACGGAAAUCGGUUUACGUUGUUUUCUAUAAUUACUUUUUCUCGCACAUACUGUUAGCCGUAACUUGUAAAUCAAGGACGGUGAUCGCAUAAUAAGAGGUGUUUUUAGUUGUUG